AUGGAGUGGGUCAACGAGACCUGGGUGAGAGAAUUUGUCUUCCUGGGCUUCUCAGCUCUGGCCAGCCUCCAGAGACUGCUGUUCAUGGUCUUCCUGCUCGUCUACCUCUUCACACUGGGCACCAAUGCCAUCAUCAUGUCCACCAUUGUGCUGGACAGAGCCCUUCAUACCCCUAUGUACUUCUUCCUCUCAGUUCUCUCCUGCUCUGAGACCAGCUACACAUUUGUCAUUGUGCCCAAGAUGCUGGUGGACCUGCUGGCUCAGAAGAAGACCAUCUCCUUCCUGGGCUGUGCCAUCCAGAUGUUCACCUUCCUCUUCCUGGGCUGCUCUCACUCCUUCCUGCUGGCAGCCAUGGGCUAUGAUCGCUACGUGGCCAUCUGCAACCCGCUACGCUACACAGUGCUCAUGGGCCAUGGGGUGUGCUUGGGAUUAGUGGCUGCUGCCUGUGCCUGUGGCUUCACUGUCUCUUUGGUCACUACCUCCCUGGUAUUUCACCUGCCCUUCCACUCUUCCAACCAACUGCAUCACUUCUUCUGUGACAUCUCCCCUGUCCUCAAACUGGCAUCUCACCACUCCCACCUCAGUCAGUUGGUCAUCUUCAUGCUGGGUGUAUUGGUCUUAGUUAUCCCACUGCUACUCAUCCUGGUGUCCUAUGUCCGCAUCAUCUCUGCCAUUCUAAAGAUCCCAUCCUCUGUUGGGAGAUAUAAAGCCUUCUCCACCUGUGCCUCCCAUCUCAUUGUGGUAACUGUCCACUAUGGCUGUGCCUCCUUCAUCUACUUAAGACCCAAGUCCAAUUACUCUUCCAGCCAAGACACCCUAAUAUCUGUGUCUUAUACCAUCCUCACCCCAUUGUUCAAUCCAAUGAUAUAUAGUCUGAGAAAUAAGGAAUUCAAAUCAGCCCUUCAAAGAACAAUGAGCAAGACUUGGUUUUCUCUUAGCUAA